AUGGAAAUUAUUAAACGGCAGACAACAAUACUAUCUACUACUCCAUCAUCUGUUCAUACAAAUUCACUUGAUUUUCAAUCGACAACAUCAAAAGGUCUUCUGUCAUACUGUUUUCAUAUACCACAAAAUUUCUUAACGUUGUCAACAACGCUAUAUGAAUUAGAUGAAUAUAUGCCAUCAAAUGUCCCACUCAAUGGACAUGAUGAUGUUUUAUGA